AUGAAAGUCAACACUCACAAAAAUGAAAUCGCCGCUAAUGAUAAAGUAUUAAAAGACAUAGAACUAUAUGAAAAAAUAUUUUUGUCAACCAAAUAUGAAAAUAAAAAACAACAAUCCUUGGAAAUCAGAAGAUUAUUGCCGAAUAUUUAAUAUUCCCAGCAUCAGUAAUCAACCCUUAGCAGUCAGUAAAUAAUUACCACUCAAUUCGAUUAAGAUACCAGUUAUACAAAUCGUAAUCAAUAGGAUGUCAGAAAAAAACAAAUACAUUUCUCCUUAAUCGAUUGUUCCAAGUUCUUGAAGUCGUCCAAUUCCACUCACUAUGUCCAAUCAAAAAAGUAAACUUCUCCACUCAAGCAGAAAAUUGUUAUAGUGAAUCAUUAAGGCAGACCCCUAACCUAUUUCAUUUGA